UCAGACACAAAAUAUGAGUUAAAUUAAUAUGCUUGCCAAGAAAUCUAUUCCUGAGAAGCAUACCAGGUGUCGCUCUGUCAAAUAUAUUGUAAAUAAUUGUUGUUGUGAAGAUCAUGUUGUGAAUAUUUGAAAAUUUCAAAGUUGUGAAGAUGAAUGUAGCCUGAGUAGACUGGGCAGUUCUGAAGAUAAGUGUACCCAGGGUGGACAGGACAGUUCUGAAGAUAACUGUACCCAAGGUGGACUGGACAGUUCUGAAGAUAGUUUUACCCAAGUGAACUGAGCCCUUUUGAAGAAAAGUUUACCCUGAGUGGACAGGGCGCUGAAGUAAAGAUAAAGUGCACCUAAGGUGGACUGGGUCUAUUUGAAGUGUACCUAGAGUGGACUGAGGAGUUGUAAAGAAAACUGUGCCCAGAGUGGACUGAGAGCCACCUUGAGUGUUAUUUGCAGCCUGAGCAAAAGUCGCCAUCUAACCUAGUCCACAAUGAUCCUGCGUCUGCUGCAGUUCUUCGUCACGUGCGAGUCUAUCUUCUACAUUUCAGGAAGUCUACACGCCAGCAAGUCUCUACCUCAGGGACGACCAAGUCUGAACUGGGACAAGUACCUCUUACAACCAACUUUCGACGAGUCCAACCGAGUGAAGGUGGUGGCGGCCGCUGGUGGCACAGCAUUUCUCCAUUGCAAGAUCAACCACCUGGCUGACAGAGCUGUGACAUGGAUAAGGAAGUCAGACGUGCAGGUUCUCACGGUGAACUCUUACACGUACACGAGUGACCAGCGGUUCUCAGCGCACUCAAGCGACGAUGCAGACGAGUGGGUGCUUAAGAUCACUUCGGCGCAGAUAGAUGACUCGGGAGGCUAUGAAUGUCAAGUGUCCACCGAAACCAAAAUGUCACUCACUUAUGAACUCAAAGUUGUGGUUGCUCAAGCGGAGAUAUCAGGUACACGAGAGGUGUACAUGAACAGCGGUGGUGACCUGGACCUGCGCUGCACUGUACCACAGAUCACGGACCCGCCUGAAUUCAUCCUCUGGUACCACCAACGCACCAUCAUCAACUACUCAGACCGCAGCGGCGUCAGGGUGACGAUGAACAGCGCGCGUAAGACGUCGCGUCUGUUCAUCAAGAGCGCCAGGGCCGCGGACUCCGGCAACUACACGUGCAAUAUAAGAAAAGACAAAAAAAUUAUCUGUGUUGAAAUGUUG